CCUAGAGAAGACCAUUAAAGAGUCCAAGGCAAACCAGCAAGGGAAAAAUGAAUCUAAUCCCUCCUCAUCUUCUCCUCCCACGAUCAUCUUAUUCAACUGUAUUUCUGCUUUAUUUGUGGAACUCUUCUUUCGAUGUUGAAUCCUCACACUGAAUGAUCACGAGUUUGGAAAAAUCAUGGAAAACACAUUGAACGUGUCGCAUUCAGGGAGCAGUAAAGGAAAGUGGUCCACGGAUCGGGGGAAUCCCGCACAGAGACAGGCGAGAAGCGGCUCGUACAGUCCGGGAUCAGGGACCGUGUCGGACAGCAGUCACCAGUCUCAAACCCAAAAAAGACACUUGGAGGGGUUUCUGAACAAAUACACAAAUUUACUUCAAGGCUGGCAGAACAGGUAUUUUGUGCUGGACCCUGAGCUCGGCCAGCUGCAGUAUUUUAUCAAUGAGAACAGUAAGAACCUGAAGCCUCGGGGGUCCCUGCCCCUUAUCGGUUCCUUGGUGGCUCCAAGUGACGAGUUUCCCUUCAUGUUCACAGUAUAUGCUACUAAUGGAGAUCUCUUCAAACUGAGAGCUUGUGAUGCCCGCGAGCAGCAGAUGUGGAUGACCCAGCUUCAGCUGUGUGCCCGUCGCCACUCAGACAGCAGUGCCAAGGGUUGUAGCUCAUCUUCCUCCUGCAACAACACCUCCUCUUCCUCUUCCACCGGCCGGACCAACAGCUUCUCCCUGCACCCGCACCCCGUCCCGCAGUGCUCCGUCCAAAGACAGACCCCUCAGCAUGGGACGCCCACCUCUGUCAUCACCAUCACCCAUCACAAGUCUCCCACAGCCAGCAACCGAGCUUGCAGUCAGCACCCUGCAGGACUGCAUCAGGUCAAAGAGGUUAUGUCCCAGGCGGAAGGUCAGCAGAAGAACCUGGUGAACUCCAUCGAGUCCCUGCCCAGUCGUGGGCCGCUUUCUUCCCUGGACCAGGAUCUGCUCCUCCUGAAGGCCACAUCUGCAGCCACGCUGAGCUGUCUGGGUGAUUGUUUGAGCAUCCUUCAGCAUAACGUGUGCCAAGCCGCCCAACACAUCACCCACGGACACACGCAGGGAUCUAACGCAGAUAACAUCUCUAGCUGGUCAAGGCCCAAACCUGUUUCAGAUGACCAUGUGAAGAACGGAGAACUGACAGUUCACGACACAUCUCCUAAACAUCAGCCGAACUCGCCAGCACACAGGAAUAAAGAACCUUUUAAAGACACUGAGAACUCUAGUCCAGACUCACUGGAUUCCAGCGAGGAGAUCACAGACUCGGAGGACAAUGAAGAGGAAGAUCUCGGAGUCCUGGAUGAACAGAGGAGCAUCAUUCUUCAUCUCUUAUCUCAGCUCAAAUUGGGCAUGGACCUCACACGGGUGGUGCUGCCCACAUUUAUUCUUGAGAAACGCUCCCUUUUAGAGAUGUAUGCCAACUUCAUGGCCCAUCCGGACGUGUUUCUGGCUAUCACAUCCGGAGCCACGGCUGAAGAACGCAUCAUCCGAUUUGUGGAAUACUACCUGACCGCCUUCCAUGAGGGUCGUAAGGGUGCUGUUGCCAAGAAGCCUUUCAACCCCAUUCUGGGGGAGUGCUUCCACUGCACAUGGGACAUACCGCGGCACAAAGUGCGGCCCCUCAGGACUACCAGCUCGAGCCCGGCCCCUGCGGCCGCCCCCUCCGUCCAGCACGCCCCCGCUGAUGGGGUGGGAUCUUACCGGCUACGCUUUGUUGCUGAACAGGUGUCCCACCACCCUCCCAUCUCUGGAUUUUACUGCGAGUGUGAGGAACGCAGGAUAUGCAUUAACACCCACGUUUGGACUAAAAGCAAGUUCAUGGGCAUGUCCAUAGGAGUAUCAAUGGUUGGAGAAGGAGCGUUACAUCUCUUGGAGCACGGUGAGGAGUACGUGUUCACGCUCCCCUCUGCAUACGCUCGCUCCAUCCUCACAGUGCCCUGGGUGGAGUUGGGCGGAAAGGUUUCCAUCAACUGCGCCAAAAGCGGAUACUCUGCCACAGUUACAUUCCACACCAAACCCUUCUACGGAGGGAAAGUUCACAGGGUUACAGCCGAGGUAAAGCACAACCCCACCGGCACCAUUGUGUGCAAGGCCCAGGGGGAGUGGAACGGGACUUUGGAGUUCACCUAUAACAGUGGAGAGACCAAAGUGAUUGACACAUCCAAACUUCCGGUCAUUAGGAAAAAGAUCCGCCCACUUCAGAGACAAGGACCGUAUGAAUCCAGGCGGCUGUGGCAGCACGUGAGCUCUGCGCUGAAGACGGGAGACAUCGAUACUGCCACCGAACACAAACACCAGCUGGAAGAGAGACAGAGGAGGGAAGGGAAGCAGAGAACGGCCAGCCACGUCCCCUGGAAACCAAAGUACUUUAUCAAAGAGGGCGAGGGCUGGGUGUACCACAGUCCUCUAUGGAAGACAAAGUGAUGAGCUAAUCCGGAGCCGCACGAUGUCGGUCCCUCACAGACCCCGGACCCUGAACGGGACUCGUGGAGCAGGAACGGGAUCGAUCCAUUUCUUCCACACAUCUCACAGAGAGAGGAAGGUGCCAAAAACAACACAGACUGGAGUGGGUCAGAGCAGGAGGACAGAGAUUUGGACUGAUAUAGUAUGAACUUGUGCAAUAUCUUUAUAUUUGUAUAUGAGAUGUAGCAUCCGUGUUAGUUGACAAUAUACGACUAAGUUGUGUUGUGCCAUGAGGACACAGAGACAGAUGUUUAGGCUGCGUAAAUGUGAGCAGUGAGGUGUGUUAUAUAUUGUUAAAGUCACCUCACACCUCGUGUUCUUAUGAUUGAAAUGGUUGUUUUAGUUCAGCGUGAAUGGAUAAAAGCAACACUUCUUUAACCAAGGGGAAAAAUAUAAUUGUAUUAGCGCUGUGUGGACAUUAAUAACAUGCAUCUUUACUUCACCACAAAUAUGUUUUCUUUCUGUUUGUUUUCCGUAAUGGGAAUCCAGGGAUGAUACGUUUAGUUGAAAUGUGACUCGUUUGAUCUCUAUUACGUAUAAGUUGACGUCCACUCCAAAGCAGAUGAUCAGAAACGUGAUUUUGAACCUCACUCGUUUCGCCAAUAAAUAUAGCUCUGUAAAUCGACAUGGAUCAUAAACUCUUCUUCUGGCAAGAUUCAUUGUACACCCCAGCAAAAAACGAGUGGCAAAUGAAAGCUGUUUUUGUGUCUGGUGCUGUUUAAAUCUGUAGCGUCAGAAGCAGUAUGAUGAAAAUCACAGGUGCUUGUUUCUGUUACUCUUGUCACAGCCUUGUUUUGGGUGAACAGUUCAAUCAAAAAUCAAAAUGCACUCGCCCUUAAGUUGUUCCAAAUCUGUAUAAAACUAUUUGUUCUGUUGAACACAAAAGAAGAUAUUUGGAAGAAUGUAGGAAAGCAAAAAUACUCUGUAUUAGCACCUGUUGUAUUAUUGUUUAAUGUUCCCUGAACUCUCUGUAAGUCACUUUUGUGUACCAUUGAAAUACUAUGAUAGUCAGUGGUGGCUAAGAACCGUUCUUCAAAAUAUUGUUCCGUGUUCAGAACAAAGAGAUGUAUGCAGAUUUGAAACCACUGGAGGGUGAAUUAAUGAUGACAGAAUCUUUAUAGGUGAACUGUCCCUUUAAGACAUCCAGCCUCCGGCGGUCCCAGCUGGUCGGUUUUAAAUGGGAUUCAGUUCAACCACCCAAACAUCCUCUUGACCAAGCUGGGAGACCAGCUCAACAGAACUACGGCGAUUUAUGCUGAUAAAUUUGUUGGUAGAGGUUUCAUAAGAAAUUACAUAUAAAUCCAAAACAUAUUACAUACUGAAAGUUGAAUGAAGUUCACACUUUCAAGAGCAUACAGCAUAAAGUAAGCUAAAAAGACCACAUACCCAAAGACCCUCAGAAUGUUUGUGACUAACCCAGGUUCGUGCAAUAUUUCAAAAUUGUGCAUUUAAAAGCUGUAUCGCUUUUGACCUUCAAUUGAGAAGACUCGGCCCACUUUCAUGUAUUUUUAUAGUAGUCAAGUGUCUUCUGCAUGUGUGCCUGUGACGGUCAUUGUAGAUGUGUAAAACUACAGGUGCCCUGAAUGAGGAGUGAAUGUGGCCUGCUUUGAUUCAACUGUAGAUGAUCACAGAUGGUGUUCCAACAAUAUGUACUUAGAUACUAAAUAAAGAUCUCACUGCAAAACACAAA